AUGGGCGCUGAGAUUACAAACGUGGCUUCUCACCACCAGAAGUCGUCACCUCCAAAUGCUGCCGAGUCGGGCCAGGCGGCUACCGACAAGUAUGGCCAUGCUUUGGUGCAAUACGACCCCAGCGCCGAGAGGAAACUUCGUCUCAAGAUCGACUUGAUGAUUGUGCCCACUGUCGCCCUGCUGUACUUAUUCUGCUUCAUUGACCGCGCCAACAUUGGGAAUGCCAAAAUCGCUGGCCUGGAGAGGGACCUGGGCAUGGUCGGCUACGACUACAACAGUGUCGUGUCCAUCUUCUACGUCUCCUACAUCAUCUUCGAGAUCCCCUCGAACCUGCUCUGCAAAUGGAUGGGGCCCGGCUGGUUCCUACCACUGACCACCCUAAUCUUUGGCAUCGUAUCGCUCGGCACCGCCUUUGUCACCACUGUCCCGCAGCUCUCCGGUGUUCGCUUCCUGCUGGGCAUCUUUGAGGCCGGCAUGCUCCCCGGCAUCGCCUACUACCUCUCCCGCUGGUACAGACACAAUGAGCUGGCUUUCCGACUCGGCCUCUACAUGGUCAUGGCGCCCCUGGCCGGUGCUUUUGGCGGGCUUUUGGCGUCUGCCAUUUUGACCCUGGAUCGUUUUGGCUCCGUGACCUCCUGGCGCAUGAUCUUCGCCAUCGAGGGCAUCAUCACCAUUGGCAUCGCCCUGAUUGGGUUCAUCACCCUAACCGACCGUCCCGAGACCGCGCGGUGGCUAUCGUCCGAGGAGAAGAGGCUCGCUAUUGAUCGCGUCAAGUCCGAAAGGGUCGGCUCGACGGUCGUCCUCGACAAGAUCGACAAGCCCAAGUUACUUCGGGGCAUGCUAUGCCCUAUCACCCUAAGCACGGCCGUGAUCUUCCUUCUGAACAACAUUACCGUGCAAGGGCUUGCCUUUUUCGCGCCGACCAUUGUCAGCAGUAUCUACCCCGAGGCGUCCACCGUGCAAAAGCAGCUAUACACAGUCCCGCCCUACGUGGUCGGCGCCUUCUUCGUCCUUAUGCUGCCACUCGUCUCAUGGCGCAUCGACCGUCGCCAAAUCUUCUUCAUCCUGGCCGCCCCGUUGGUCAUGGUCGGCUACUGCAUCUUCUUGGGCACAGAGAACGGAACGGCCCGCUACGCCGCGACCUUCCUCAUCGCGUCCUCUGCGUUCAUCCUCGGCCCCCUGAGCAACGCCCAGGUCUCGGCCAACGUGGUCAGCGACACCGCACGUAGCGCCGGCAUCGGCAUGAACGUCAUGUUUGGCAACGUCGGUGGGCUGAUCAGCUCGUGGAGCUUCCUGCCCUGGGAUGGGCCCAACUUCCCCAUCGGCAACGGCCUCAACCUCGCCACAGCCAGCACCAUCCUGGUCCUGAGCACGCUCACGCUGCUGUGGAUGAAGAGGGACAACAAGAAGAGGGAGGAGCUGGAUAUCGAUGAGGAGCUGAGCGGGCUGACGCAAGCCCAGAUUGAGGACCUUGACUGGAAGCACCCAGCAUUCCGCUGGCGACCGUAA